AUGCAAAUCUUCUCGCUGUGCCUUCUCUUGUCCUCGUACUUCAUCUACAACUCCAUGGGCGUCAUCGAUGAGCAGGCCAUCGACGAUCUUCACUUAGUCCUCAACCUAGCGCAACACAUUCACGUGAAGAGCCGCCGGAAGACGGAGGAAGAGAAGCGAACAGACUUGUCGCUGUAUUUUCCCAUCUUCCUCUGGGUCCUGCGGGACUUCCACCUGUCCCUGGCGGAUGAGAAGGGCCAAAGCAUCAGUGAGAAGGAGUACUUGGAAAGGGCUUUGCGCCCCAACCCGGGACACGAGGAGAAGAAUCAGCUCCGAGAGGUCAUCAAGGAUCUCUUCCGUGAGCGGGACUGCGUGACCAUCGUGCGGCCCGUGGCGGAGGAAGCGGACCUGCGGAACAUUCAACAGGUGCCUUACGAGAAGCUGAGGCCCCAAUUCCGAACCCAGGUCGAAGCCUUUGUCAAGAAGGUCUACACCUACUUGAAGCCGAAGAAGAUCGAUGGGAACGUGGUCACGGGUCGGAUGUUCGUGGACUUGGCCUCGGAGUACUGCAAAGCCAUCAAUGGUAGCGCGGUGCCCACGAUCCACGCCGCCUGGGCAUCGGUCGUGCAGCACCAAUUCCGCCUGGCGCUGCGCGACGCCGUGCAGGUCUAUCGCCAGCGGAUGAACGAACGUGCCAUGCAACACCUGCCGAUGGCAGAGGAGAAGCUGAGAGAUCUACAUAAGAUCGCCAAAGCGGAGGUGACUUGA